GUUUCCUCGCUCAAACUUGGCGUCAUCAAGCUACGCCUUUGUUUUGAAUAGGCCUCUAACGACCUCUAGCGGACAGAAUUAUUACAUACUGCACCUUUAACUAGACUAACUGGUUAAUUAGUAAAUUACAGUGGGUUGAAUAGUUGUUGAAUAUAAGAUGUUUUGAAGGACAAAGAAUGCAUUGCACAGUGACAUUUUCAGUACUAGCGCUAGUAACACAACAAUGGAUACUAGUUCGUUUUAAGGAGGACUACAUGUUAAAACGGCUUGCCAUACACCGUGUUUGUCCACCCCGAGAACAUGUUGCGUUUUUGUUCUCGUAGAAACACAUUUUAGAUUGAGCUCUGUCCUGUGAAUGAAAGACCCUCCCUUGUUGCUGCGACGCCUGUUUCUUCCAACACCGUCAUCUCAAGCGAUCUGCUUCAAUGGGAGCACCAUCGAUUCUGCAUACCUUUUUGAAGUGCCACUAGAAUUGCUGGAAGCAAGAUCUGAUGCUGGUGCCUUGUCCGUUUAUUUUCAAAGAAAACGGACGUGUAGCGUUUUUUUCCAAAGGGAAAGCUGUAACACAAUAGGGACACUGGAGUUAUGAUGAAGGCUCGACGGAUGACUGGCGCUGUCCGUUCAGCACCAGCUCGCGCUCAAUGACACCAUAAAAAAACCUGCAUGACACCCUCAAACCCGAGCCGGGGGUCAGGAUAUUGGGUUAUUUGAAGGAAAACGCGUCCUUAGAAGUCAUUCAAGUGCAUGAAAGGGGUUUUGGAUUUCUAUUGUUCAUCUGAGGGUGGCAUGGACACUUUGAGGCGCACCUGGCACGAUUGUAAACAUAUUUGAAUUUUCGGAACAUGGGUCCCAGCGGUAUGAUGACGGUCCGUGGGCUGGAGAUAUGACUAGAGAGGGACGCGAUGGGCCAAGGGGACGACAAGGAUCGUAUCGUGAUCAACGUCGGAGGAAUCAAGCACCAGACUUACCGCAGCACCCUGCGCACCCUGCCCGGCACUCGGCUUUCCUGGCUGGCGGAGCCCGACGCGCCUAACAACUUCGAUUAUGAUGCGAACAUCGGAGAGUUUUUCUUCGACCGUCACCCGGGCGUUUUCGCCCACAUUCUUAACUAUUACCGCACGGGCAAGCUGCAUUGCCCGGCGGACGUGUGCGGACCCUUGUAUGAGGAGGAGCUGGCGUUUUGGGGGAUCGACGAGACGGACGUGGAACCGUGUUGUUGGAUGACCUACCGGCAGCAUCGAGAGGCGGAGGAGGCUCUGGACAGCUUCGCCGGGGGUGCUCUCGACCUCGGCCAUGAAGACCCGGAGCCUGAGGGGGUCGUUGAGGCAGCCGAGGGGGAUGAGGGUGUUGAGAUGACCCGGAGACUGGCGCAAGGCGACUCGCCCGAUAACAGAUCCGGGCGCUGGAGCAGGUGGCAGAAGAAGACGUGGGCGCUCUUUGAGGACCCGUAUUCCUCAAAAUACGCACGGUGGAUAGCAUUUGCAUCUUUGUUCUUCAUUUUGGUAUCCAUUACCACAUUCUGUUUGGAGACUCAUGAGGCCUUCAAUCCCAUCAUCAACCGUACAGAACUCUAUACGGACGGCAAUGAAACUCGGGAACGUUUCGUCCAGGAGACGGAGACCAUGGUGCAGUUAACCUACGUUGAAGGUGUCUGCGUUGUGUGGUUCACUUUUGAGUUUCUGAUCCGAGUGACUACCUGUCCAAACAAAUUAAAGUUUGUCAGAAACACCCUCAACAUCAUCGACUUUGUGGCCAUCCUCCCCUUCUACCUGGAGGUGGGACUGAGCGGACUCUCCUCCAAAGCAGCGAAAGACGUGUUGGGUUUCCUCCGUGUGGUACGAUUUGUUCGAAUUCUCCGUAUCUUCAAGUUGACACGACACUUUGUGGGUUUGCGGGUACUAGGGCACACGCUCCGUGCCAGUACCAAUGAGUUUAUCCUCCUCAUCAUUUUCCUUGCACUCGGAGUCUUAAUCUUUGCCACUAUGAUCUACUAUGCCGAACGUAUUGGAAGAAACCCCAAUGAUCCCAAUGCUAGUAACGACACUCACUUCAAGAACAUACCCAUUGGCUUCUGGUGGGCUGUGGUAACAAUGACAACCCUCGGCUAUGGCGAUAUGUACCCUCAGACGACGUCUGGUAUGCUGGUGGGCGCGCUGUGCGCCCUUGCAGGUGUGCUGACGAUUGCCAUGCCUGUCCCUGUAAUCGUGAACAACUUCGGCAUGUACUACUCCCUAGCCAUGGCGAAACAAAAACUACCAAAGAAAAAAAAUAAGCAUAUCCCACGAGCACCUCAACUGGGGUCUCCCAACUACUGCAAGUCAGCCAUCAACUCCCCGCGACCCAGCACGCACAGCGACACAUGCCCCCUGGCACAGGAAGAGGUUUCUGAGAUCAGAUACCAAGAUUUUAAAGUGAAUGGGGAGCCAUCGAAAGCUGCCCUGGCCAAUGAGGAUUGUCCUCACAUCGACCAGGCGGUGUCGCCCGAGGAAGUCUUCAGCCCCGUGGACCGCGAGAGACCCUGCUUCCUGCUCACUUCCGGAGGAGACCGAGCCAAUCACACAGGGGGGAGAGUCAGGAAGGGUUAUGAAAAGCCAUGGAGCCAUAGCAGCAUGUCUGGAGGCGUGGCCUCAGUGUCGGCUCUGCCCUGCAGCCCGCCCUGUCUCAUGCAGCAGGUCCACUCUCCCAUCCCAUCCAUCCUGUAGCAUGGACAACAAAACUAACCAAUCAGAGGCCCUCGCUCCGCAGUGCUGCGCUGAGAUGCCUGCUCACACUGUGUACCAUCCGUCUCUCAUUAAACUCUCUUUCAUUUGAAACUUCUCUUCUCUUCUCUUCUCUUCUCUUCUCUUCUCUUCUCUUCUCUUCUCUUCUCUUCUCUUCUCUUCUCUUCUCUUCUCUUCUCUUGCUUCCUUUCCUCUUCCCCUCUCCUCGUCCUUAUUCUCUUUUCCUUCCUAAUUCUCAAUCCAUCUCCUUUCUCUUCCUUCUCUGCUGUUAUCCUUAAUCUUCCUUCACUUCUUUGCUUCUAUUUCCUCUCCCGCUUCCUCUUUCACUCCUUACUCUCUUUUCCUUCCUCAUUGUCUGCCCUUCUCCUUCCUCUUCCUUCUCUGCUCUUAUCCUUUAUCUUCUUCUUAAUUACCUCUCCUUCCUCCUCCUCUUCCUUGUUUCUUUCUUGUUUUCCUACCUCUUCUUCCACUACUCUCCUUCCUCUUCCUCCCCAUUUCCUCUUCCUGCUUCCCUUCUCUUGUCUGUUCUUUUCUCCUUCUCAAUCUUUUCCUCUUCCUCUGUCUUUCCUCUUCCUUUUUCUCUUCUGUUCCUUCUGUUAUUCCCUUCACUUGUCUAUCCUUAUUGCUUCCUCUUCCUAGUUCUUUUCUCUUCCUCAUCUGUACUUGUCUAUUCUUCCUUUCUGCUCCCUCCUCUCCAUUUUCCUGUUUUCCUCUUUUCUUUUUCUCAUUUCUUCUGCAUCCUCUUCCACUCCUUAUUCUCUUUUCCUUACUCAUCCUCUGCCCUUCUCCUCCUCUUCCUUCUCUGCUCUUCUCCUUUAUCUUCUUCUUAAUUACCUCUAUUUCCUCCCCCUCUUUCUCCUCCAUUCUCUUAUCUAUUCUUUUUUCUUGUUUUAUUACCUCUUCUUCCACUAUUCUUCUUCCUCUUCCUCUCCCUUUCCUCUUCCCUUGUCUGUUCUUUCCUCUUCCUCUGCCCUUCCCUUUUUCUCUUUCCUCCUUUCUUCUAAUCCUUCCAUUUUCCUCCUCCUCUUUCCUUCACUUGUCUAUCCUUGUCUCCUGUUCUCUUCUCUUCUCCAGUCUCUCAUCUUCCUAUGCAGUGGUCUCAUACAUCUACCCUCCCUUCUUUGCUGUCUCAUUUCUUUCCUCACUUUCAAAUCUCUACACUUUCAUUCUUCCCCUUAUCUCUCCUUCAUUGCUCCUUUUUCCUAAACCCUGGGUGUUUUAAGCUGUGGUUUUCAUUAGGUGCUAAUGGACACCAUUUAAAAGGAAAAAAGAUGAGACAAUGGCUAUUUCAUAUAUGAUAUAAGAUAAAAUUAGUUUGAAGUAACACUAACAAUCAUGAUUCUAGUGAUGCACACGUCACCAACAUAGAAACUUGACUGAAGAAACCUCAUUUGCAUUUGCAUGCCUUGCAUGGGAAACUAUCUGAGAAAACAAUGUAAGUUUAUUGAAAAUAUGUAAGAAAAAUGUUUUUUCACCCAAAGCUUCUUUGAAUAUAUCUGAUGCAGAGUAUGAUAUCAUUUAUGAUGACAUACAAUAUAUGUAGCAAUUGUUUUUUUUAUUUUUGCAGACAUUUUUUUUUGCCUUUCCCCAAACUAUGAUCUCUGGUGUGUUUUAAACACCCUGUAUCUGUUAGUAGCAGCAAUCAAGGUGACCAUCUGACUUUUUGACAAAUUAAGAUGCAAAUACAAAAAAAAUGCACUUUAACUCACUGUUUCUCAACAAGAGCAGGCAAAUCUAAAUAGCAGAAUUUCAAUGACAAUACCAGCUAUUAUAUAAAGUAGCUUUUAUUUUCACAAAACCCAUAUUUUUCAUAAAUUCAGUUUCAAAUGUGAUUUAUCUGGAGUACAUACAUGUGUAUAUCACAUUUUUAAACAUUUAACACUGUAGCAAAGCACACGCAAUCACAGAAAAUAUACAAUAUUGAUGUAUCGUGCAGUUGACAGAAAAAAAGCGUCUUUUAAAAAUAAACUAAUCAAUGUACUUUUGGGAUUACUUGGGGAGAGGUAAAUGCAUGGAAUUUUAUGCAAAAAUACAUAUGCGAAUGACAAAACUGUAAAUAUGAAAAUUGCAUGAAAUAAAUUUUGUAUCCAAUCUGUA